UAUGCAUCAACAUGGAUGAAUUUUAUAUGCAUUAGGUUGUACAAAAGAAGUCAGACACAAAAGAUUAUAUUUAACAUGAUUCUAUUUAUAUAAAGAUGAAGAGCACAAGAUAGAAGAAAAUAUGGGAGUAAAUCUUCAUGCCUGAGUUAUGUAAAACUUUCUUUAACAUGACUUUUUUUUUGUCAAAAAAGAGAUAAAACUAGAACUCAUCAAAAUUUAAAGACAUUUUGUACUUUACUAGCUACUGCCAAGAAAGAGGAAAUACUACCCAGAGAAAGGGAGAAAAUGUUUGUAAAUCAUAAGGGACUUAGAGUUUAUCAAUAGAGCCAGGCGUGGUAGCACAUGCUUUAAUCCGGGUACUCCUGAAGUAGAGGCAGGCCUGGUCUACACAGUGAGUUCUGCUCAUAGCUCACAGUUUUCUAUAUCGCUUCUGCUCAGCCUGCUGCCCUCUUGUAGUGUACUCAAUAAACUAUUUUCAAAAAAAAAAAAAAAGAUACACAAUUGGCCAAUAAGCACAGGAAAGAUGCUCGACAGGAUAAUUACCAGGGAAACUGCAUGACUGGACGACAGCUAGAAUCAAAAGGACAAAUAACAGCAAGUAUUUAUGAGCGUAUGGAAACAACAGAAUGCUCACACACCAAAGACAGCAUAUAAAAUGCUACAAUCACUCCAGGAAACAGCCUGACAGUCCCUCAAAUGGUUAAACACCAACUACCACACAACUCAGCAAUUCUACUCCCAGGUACAUAUCCAAGAGAAAUGAAUAUUUAUGUCCACACACAAAGAAAAAUGAGUACAAAAAUGUUCAUAGCAGCAUUAUUCAAAAUGGGGGUGAAGAGGGAAAAAACAGAAAACUGAAAAGUCCACUAACUGGCCAGGCAUGAUGACUCAAAUCUAUAACCCAAGCCCUUGAGAGGCUCUGUCAGGAGGACUGCCAGGAGUCUGAGGCCAGCCUGGAUUACAGCGAGACACUGUCUUUAAAAAGCAGUUGUUUUAGGAAACUGAAAUGCUAGAAAAGUACACAGGAAUUUUCUAAAUCUUAAUAACCAUAUUAUACACAGUAUGAACGCCUGCUAAAAUUCAACUGUACACUUAACAGCUGAGCAUCUCUCUGUAAACUAGUCAUUGAUUUUAUAUUUGCAAAAAUACUUUAUAUUUGCAAAAAUACUGUUUAAUGGCAAUGAGAUUAUGAAUUGAGAGUUUCCUUUAAUUUUAAUCCUUGCAAAACGUCUUUAAAAAUCAUGACUAUUACAAUGGAAGAUCGUUUUUAUAUAUUUUACAAAAAGGGGAAGAUGUGAACACUGUAUCUGCUUUCUUAAGUUUCUUGAACACUAAUUUUUUUUAAUUCUCUACGCCCCCCCAAAUUUUUUUUAUAAUGAACAAGUCCCUCUGUCUGAGACUGAAAUGUUUUGGAGAAUAUAUGAGACUAUCAAGUCUCUUCCCAGGGAUGGUUUGUUCAAAGAGGACCCAAGGUAAGACUUGGUUCCUCACGAUUAUAAAUGGGGCUUAAACAUUCCUAACACCUAGUGAUAGCUACAUCAUGACAUCAUAGCACACUCUAUUAUGAGUUUGUGAUGAUGGUGGCAUUACAAAACAACCCUGCUGCACUGCCAAUCCCGUCCAGUACAUCAUCCCUGAUCAACUCUUGGCCCCACCCAGGCUGCCCAGAGACCCUGUCUGGUGUGUUGGCUGGCCGCAGCAGUCUGUCUGACGCGAGCCCCAGGCACAGGCAGGGGCGGAGGGAUCCACAGAGGCUGAGGCUUCGAAGGAAGAAACCGCCCCUGCGGCAGCACAAAAAAGGACAUCCACAGGGUGAUGCACCAACCGAUGCUACGGAUGCUGCGACCACUGCAGUAGGCCCGGGAGCUGAGUGGGCUUCGGCCCUCAGAGUGUCUGCCAGGGCCAGGCCGGCGCUGCCCAACUCCUUCUCUUCUGUGGCUGAUCCACAACCAGCAAGGCGGCCUCAGGCGCUUGGUUUCAGCCUCAUCCAGCACCGGGACCGCCACCGUAGCCUCCCACCAUGGCUCUGAAGAGAAUCCACAAGGAACUCAACGACCUGGCACGGGAUCCCCCCGCACAGUGUUCAGCAGGUCCUGUCAGAGAAGAUAUGUUCCACUGGCAGGCAACAAUAAUGGGGCCAAAUGACAGUCCCUAUCAGGGCGGAGCAUUUUUCUUGACAAUCGAUUUCCCAACAGAGUACCCAUUCAAACCACCAAAGGUUGAAUUUACAACAAGAAUUUAUCAUCCAAAUGUUAACAGCAAUGGGAGCAUUUGUCUGGAUAUUCUACGGUCACAGUGGUCUCCAGCACUAACUAUUUCAAAAGUACUUCUGUCCAUCAGUUCUCUGUUGUGUGAUCCCAAUCCAGAUGAUCCUCUAGUACCUGAGAUUGCUCAGAUCUACAAAACAGAUAGAGAAAAGUACAACAGAACAGCUCGGGAAUGGACUCAGAAGUAUGCGAUGUGACUAAAGAAAUUAUCGGGUAUCCUCUACAAAUAAAAGAUAGGGGAACUGUGAAAGAAAAAGUUCUUUUGAUUCCCAAUUGACUGUUUCAUAUGCGCCCGCCCAUGCCACAGCCACCUAGUCUUUCCCUAUGCACACUCUUUACCUGACACAGUAGUGCUGUGUGUUGUACCUACCGGGAACAGCAACCAGAAAUACUGUACUUCUGUACCAACAUUGUCCCCUAGCAGAGAAGCAUUCUCCAGGCAUCAACCUACAUGUGAAACUAAAAGUAAUCUUUAUUGACAUAUCUGGAUAACCACAUGGUGUGAGGGGUGGUGAGUACACAGUGUGUGCUUGGAUGGG